GCAGUUCUUCCCGGUGCUGGUGUCCCUGACGGAGCGCGUGCUGUCUCACUGGCAGCAGGCGGCCCCCAGCGGGCUGCCGCUGGAUGCGGAUGCGGCGACGCAGAGGCUGACGGUGGAUGUGAUUGGCCGGUUCGCGUUCGAUCGGGACUUCGGAGCCACCGGCUUCGGACCCAACACGGCGCUGCAGGUGGUGGGCGAGCUGAUGACGGCGCUGCAGCGCAUGAUGAACCCGCUCAACCGCUGGUUCCCCUGGCGACAGGAGGCCCGAUCCCUGCGGUCCGCCCGCUCCCGCUACGACUCGCUGGUUCGCGCCGCGCUGGCCGACCUGUCGCAGCGCCCGCCCGCCCCGCACUGCCUGCUGGCGCACCUGGCGGGGGUCACGGACCCGGACACGGGCAAGCCGCUCUCCCCCCGGCGGCUGCGGUGCGAGACUGCGCUGUUCUGGAUCGCGGGCUUCGAGACCACUGCGCACGCCAUCAGCUGGACGCUCAUGUACAUCGCAGCACUGCCAGAGGUUGAGUCGCGCAUUGCCUCCGAGCUGGC